AUGACGACCACAACAGCACCCGCUUCGGGUUCAGCAACCAACAACAAUAUCGCCCAAGCCGCCUCCUCUACAACAUCUGCAAUCCUCCGCAUCUCGCCACAGACUUUUCAAUUCACAGCAUCCAAGGUUUCCUCUGGAUUGGUGUCAAAGCUCAAGAUCAAAAACGUGCAUGCUACACCUGUUGGUUACAAGUUCAAGACUAAUGCUCCACUGCGUUACUCUGUGAAGCCAGUCCUUGGUGUUCUCGCACCUGGACAAUCCAUCGAAGUCUUUGUUCGCUGCGAGAGCUGGGUGAACCCUCAGGAUCGCUUCCUUCUCCAGAGCGUGUCCUUGACCGAGCCAGAAAGUCGGCAUAUUGAUGCUGUUACCUGGAAAGAGAUUGAUCGCCGGAGGCUUGUGGAAACCUUUAUCCAAUGCUCAUCGUCGUCCACAUUGUCGAUGCGGGAGCCUCAGGACGAUGGAGGAUCGCUUUCUUCUUCAUCUAACUGCUCGUCUGGAUCGUCCUCUCGCACCUCCUCGACGCGCUCUGCCCCUUCCCGUCAACAGCUUCCACAAGGACAGCAGCAAGAGAGGAGACCUAGUGUCGCCCAUGUGCACGCUGCGGCUAUUGCUGCUGGCCGGAGACCUUCUGCCAGCUCUACAACAUCGUCCACGACGUCCUCGCCUGGCUCCUACCCAACCCUCUUCACUGCCAAAACCUCGUCUGCUCCAAGGUCAUCAUCUCAGCCCUACAGCAAUAACUCAACGGCACAGGAAUCGAAAGGAUCCUCGUCGUCGGUCAGCUAUCUGGCCACAACGUUCAGCAACUCGCGCCAGACUAUCCGGACCGUGUCAAAGUUUCUGGCCAUCCGUCAGUACACAAAGAUGCAAGUCCUGACAGUCUCGCUGGUCUGUCUCCUGUUGGGUCUUCUCCUGCCACUCGAAAAGCUCUUCCUGAUGGUCAGUGGGAGUUCCUCAAACAUGGGAGCAGGAGCGGCAUCGACGACGAGUGCACAGUUCAAGAGUGGGUUCAUUGGCAAGAAGAAUGGUGGAUCACCGUUCUCGUCUGGGUCCUCGGCAUCGUUUGGUGCUUUGCCGAUCCUGGUGACUGCUCAGGCUGCAGCUGCAGCUGCAGCGGCAUCUGCAAGGAAACCUGUAGUUGAAGCUGCAGUGUUUACUCCUCCUUCUGCUGUUUCUGUUCCUGAGGAUGGGAGACUCGCCGCAGCUUCUGGAUCCAGUGUCUUUGAAGAGGUACAGCCAGUUGCCGACGUUGAGGGAGCGAUUUGA